CCUUCCCCAAACAAAGUGUUUUAGCGUCUCGGCCUUCAGCUUCCGACCCCUCAGCUUAACUUCCUACUUCGCCAGAACGAGAAUCUGUUUUUAUGGGAAUCGAGAGGGGAAGCCUCAGGGGCUUUCGUAGCGGUGGCUGGACCGUGCCGCCGAAGCCCUGUGACUCCUGCAAAUCCUCGGCUGCUGUGGUUUUUUGCCGAGCCGACUCGGCUUUUCUGUGCAUGCUCUGUGACAACAAGAUUCACUCUGCCAAUAAGCUUGCGUCGCGGCAUGAGCGUGUGUGGAUGUGCGAGGUUUGCGAGCAAGCCCCUGCCUCCGUCACGUGCAAGGCCGACGCCGCCGCGCUCUGCCUCACGUGCGAUUCGGAUAUCCACUCCGCCAACCCGCUGGCUCGCCGUCACGAGCGUGUCCCUGUGGAGCCCUUCUUCGAUGCCGCCGACUCUGUGGCGAAAUCCUCCGCUGCUGCCUUUAACUUUCUGGUUCCAAAUGAUAACGGAAUCGGAUCCGAUGGAUUCCCUCAGGAAGAGUCCGAAUCAGCAUCAUGGCUAAUUUCCAAUCCGAAUUUCAACCCGAAGAUCGUGGAUGUUCCGGAUAUCAAAUCGGGCGAUAUGUUUUUUCCGGACAUGGAGUAUCCAUUCCUGGAUUUCGAUUACUCAAACUCCUUCGAUCAGAAUAACAAUAACAGAGCGGGUAAUAACGAUAGCGUAGUUCCAGUUCAAGCUCCGGUUAUGAAUCACACAGAGAGUUGCUUCGACAUCGAUUUUUGCAGAUCGAAGCUCUCUUCAAUUAGCUAUCCAGCGCAGUCAUUUAGCCGCCAAAGCGUGUCAUCUUCUUCGGUUGAUGUGGGAGUGGUCCCGGACGGAGGAAACACGGCGUCAGAAAUAUCGUUCCCGUUCGGGAGGAACAUAAGUAACAGUUCGGAAUCAAGCGGGAUCAUAUCGGCGGGCAAUUCCACAAACCAAUCGGGAAGUUCGGUGAGUGGUAUGAACAGGGAAGCUCGCGUUUUGAGAUACAGGGAGAAGAGGAAGAACCGCAAGUUUGAGAAAACCAUACGGUACGCAUCGCGAAAGGCUUACGCAGAAACUCGGCCGAGGAUCAAAGGGCGGUUCGCCAAACGGACCGAGAUGGAGUCGGAUUUCGACCGGCUGUUCAGCUCGGUAGACCCCACCUCGGAUCUAAUGCUGGAUACUCAGUACGGCGUCGUCCCCUCGUUUUAAACAUGGGGAUGGAGGCUCAAUAACAGUAGUAAGGACGUGGAAUAGUGAAUCUAGGUCGUCGGUAGAAUGCCCCAUGUGUAGCGUCAACUUGAGCCGUUGAUUAUGAGGAGAACGGUGGGACAGGGGCGAUGAAGGGCCGCUGAUGAAGUGGACCACGAAGUGGGGAUUUCCGGGGACCCGAAGAGUUGUGUUUGUUUUCUUAGGAAAGUAAAAGCUGAUUUACUUUGAGUAGAGAGAAUCUGUACUGUAAAACUGCUUCCAUCGCUAUCCAGUGAAAAGUUUCAUUUUCGUGCUGUGCUGACGGUGUA